AGAUGAAUUAUGUUUCAGUGUUUCAGUUGCUGAGGCUGGGAAGGAAGCGAUAAUGGUAGGAGCUUUGUAUGGGGAAUCAAAACUCUUCUCAUCCUUUCUGGGAGUUGGUGCUAACCAUUUCCUUCGCUCUGGGCUGCCUCUUCACCAACUCUUCGCCUAUAAUCCGGGAGGGAAACAUGUCUCAAUGCAAUUAUCCAGGGCGUUUUCUGGUUUGACCAACCUCUUCUUCAGUAGAAGAAAUGUGGACGAGAUGCAAAAUAUGAAACGUAAACUUCUAAGACCUGGAAAAAUUUCUCCUCGUCGACCUGUUCCAGACAAUAUACCAAGGCCUCCUUAUGUCAAAUCUAGGCAACCACCUGGAAUUGCUAGUGGACCUGAGGUGCACGAUGAGAAGGGCAUAGAGUGUAUGAGAGCUUCUGGGAGGCUUGCAGCCAAAGUUCUAGAAUAUGCAGGGACAUUAGUAAAGCCAGGUAUUAUGACGGAUGAUAUUGAUAAGGCUGUUCAUGAAAUGAUAAUUGAUAAUGGAGCCUAUCCAUCACCUUUGGGUUAUGGUGGCUUUCCAAAGAGUGUAUGCACUUCAGUGAAUGAAUGCAUUUGCCAUGGGAUACCAGAUUCCCGAGUUCUUGAGGAUGGAGAUAUUAUCAAUAUAGAUGUUACCGUCUAUCUAAAUGGGUACCAUGGUGAUACUUCAGCAACUUUUCUGAUUGGAGAUGUUGAUGACGAAAGCAAAAAACUUGUCCGGGUGACUAAAGAGUGCUUAGAUAAAGCAAUAUCCAUUUGCGCACCAGGAGUGGAGUUCAAGCAAAUUGGCAAAAUAAUUCACGACCAUGCAGAUAAACAUCGAUUUGGUGUAGUUCGACAGUUUGUUGGCCACGGCGUUGGACGUGUGUUUCAUGCUGAUCCAGUUAUUCUUCACUUCAGGAACAAUGAUGCUGGGCGCAUGGUGUUGAAUCAAACCUUUACAAUUGAGCCGAUGCUAACCAUUGGUAGCAUAAAUCCUGUCAUGUGGAAUGAUAACUGGACCGUCGUAACAGAAGACGGAAGCCUAUCAGCACAAUUUGAACACACCAUCUUAAUAACCAAUGAUGGAGCUGAGAUAUUGACACAGUGUUAAACAAUAGUGGAUCUCAUGGUAAUACUUUGAUACUCCAAAAAGGGGUAAUUUUUUUUCCUGUAGCUCUUUUUGAUUUAUCACCUCCAAAUGUAUGUUCCAGAAAACAUGGAGGCACUAUUAAUUUUGCCAUCGUUAUCGUUUUAUAGAAACCAAGUUAUUCAUUGUCACCCUGAAUUUAUUAGUUAUCUGUACUGUUUACACCGAGGGCUAGUGAUGGCCAAGGUCCUUCCCCCCAGUAAGAAAAUUCUUGUAAGUUAUUUGUUGAGACAAACAACUCUUGUAUUAAUGUAUAAUGUAUUGAAAUUUGUUUUGCUUUAA